CCAUCGUCUCUCCUUAACAACUUUCUUGUAAGAAAAGGAUAGCCUACCCUUUGCUGCCUUACACAGUUCUUUCUUUCUCUCUGCUAAAUAUAUAUAAAAUAAAUAUCCAUUUUUUUUUAUCCAAAUCCAUUUUCUCUCACACAUCUCUGCCUCUCUGUUUGAUACACGAAAUCCGUUCAUUUACACCACAGGCACACACACAUAUAUUCUUUUUAUAAAUCCCAACUCCAUUGAUAACGAAAACAGUAAUCGGAAGAAACAAAGAAAAGAAAAAAAAAAAAAAGAGAGGAAAAGGAGGGCCUUUUCAGCCCUCUCUUCUUGUUAUGCUUCCUCUCAGAUCUUAGAUUCUCUUGCUUUACCUUCUGGGCCUUUUUUUUUCCUCCCUGGUACAGUUUUAUAUCAUUGUCCCUUCAAAACUAGAUUAAAAUAAACACACAAAUCUUGUUUUUCUUAUGUUUUCUUCAUUAUUUGCUCUAAACUAAUUCUGGGUGUUGGAUCCUUCCACUCAUUUCGCGUUAAAGUUGCUCCCUUUUCAUGCGUUGGGUUUUUUAGGAAUCCUGGAUUGUUGGCCGAUUCAUAGUCGAUCCGUAAUUGGUUUUACGUUUUCCGAUUGAAUCCAACAUUGGGUCGUUUUAUAUUGAUAUAAACAACGAAGCUUUGCUUGAUUCCUGACAAGAAUGGAAAUGGAGCUUGGCAAGCUAUUCAUCGGUGGGAUUUCUUGGGGCACAAAUGAGGACCGUCUUAGAGAGUAUUUUCAAACUUUUGGGGAAGUUGUGGAAGCUGUGAUAAUGAAGGAUCGGGCUACCGGGCGUGCCCGUGGAUUCGGGUUUGUCGUUUUUGCUGAUCCGGCUGUUGCAGAAAGGGUUGUGAUGAAAGAGCAUAUGAUAGACGGUAGAACUGUUGAGGCAAAGAAGGCAGUUCCUAGGGAUGACCAGAACAUGUUGAACAAAAAUAAUAUUAGCACACUUGGAUCACCUGGUCCUUCUCGCACAAAAAAGAUUUUUGUAGGAGGCUUGGCAUCCACAGUCACUGAGAGUGACUUUAAGAGGUACUUUGAUCAGUUCGGUACAAUUACAGAUGUUGUUGUGAUGUAUGAUCACAACACUCUGAGGCCACGAGGUUUUGGAUUCAUAACUUAUGAUUCAGAGGAAGCUGUGGAUAAAGUCUUGCAGAGAACAUUUCAUGAACUCAACGGGAAAAUGGUUGAGGUCAAGCGAGCUGUCCCCAAAGAAUCAUCUUUAGGUCCUAACCGGAACCAGUUAGGUGGGUAUAACUUUGGCCUCAGUAGAGUCAAUAGCUUCCUUAACGGGUACAUGCAGGGUUAUAAUACUAAUUCAGUCGGUGGUUAUGGUGUUAGAAUGGAAGGUAGAUCUAGUCCGGGUACUAUUGGUCAUAAUGGGUUUUCUCCAUUGAGUCAUGGUUAUGGGAUGGGGCUGAAUUUUGAGUCAAAUUCGAGUCCAAGCUCUGGAUGGAACUCGAACCUUGGUUCUAACCUGAGCUAUGGACGGGGAUUGAACACCUCAUUUAAUGGAAAUUCAAACAGAUUUGCAAGUCCCUUUGGGUAUGGUGUGGGCAGUGGAGGAAAUGAUUCUGUCUUAAACUCAGCUGGUCGAAAUGUGUGGGGAAAUGGGUGUCUUAACUAUGCUACUAACUCCACAAACUCUAGUGCUAUGUUGGGGCCUGGAAGCGGGAAAACAGGUGUGAGUUCUUUGGGCAGCAUUGGACCACUUUGGGAUUCCUCUCCUAAGUCAGGUCAAGGUGGAGGUGUUGCUUCUGCUUACAAUGGUAGCAAUCUUAGGUAUGGAAGUGGCGAUUUUGGUAUUGCAUCGGGAGGGAUAGGCCAUGGGAGAAGCAGUGGAACCAGUGUUGUCCAGGUAUCAUCCCAUGGUGGUUAUGACAGGGCUUAUGCUGAUAUUUAUGACAAUGGUUCAUUUUUCGAGGAUUCUACUUGGCAAUCUUCACCCUUAGACCUAGAGCAGUCUAGUUCUUUUGAUUUUGGUCUGGGAAAUACGACUUCAGAUGUUAUGUCUAAUAGCUCUGCUGGUUACAUUGGCGGUUAUAACGUUACAAAUAGGCAGUCAAAUGGAGGGAUUGCCACAUAGGUUGAUGAUGAUAUGAUGUCACGAUAUAACGGUAGGAUAUUUGAACGGUGGAGCGGGUGAAUGACUGGAUUUCUGCAUUGCCCCCACUGAGAUAUUUCAGUUUUAUACGAAAAUACGAGUAGAGAGCUGAUUUGGUUUACCUGUUUUGAUGAACCUGUUAUAGAGACGAGUUACAAAGAAUUCAUGUAAGGUAUGUGCUUCAGGGUUUUUUUUUUUUGUUCUUUCCAUUUUCUAACACAGGUUUUCUUUACUGGGAUUUUAAUUAAAUGUAAAAUCAGAUUGCCAGUAUAUGCAGAUUAUUGUAAUUUUUCUUUCCCAUUCUUUCCUUUGGAGUUUAGAGUUGUUCGAUUUUUAUGGUGUUAUAUCCAUUGAAGCUGCCGGGCUAAUGUAUAUUGUAGGUAUAAGGGAGAUGUCAAUUUGUUUUGGAUUUACAUUCUGAAAUGGAGGGUUACUCAUUUAAGAGAUCCCCUUGAAUAAAGAUGCUGCAAAAGUUUAAAAAAGAAUGUGAUUUUGUUUUGGUA